AUGUCUCUUCAAGUUAUACGUAGUACGAAAAACAAAAGUUUAAUCAUUUAUGAAAGUCAUCUAUAUCGUAAGUUUAAGCAAAGUAAUGAUAUUUUAUAUUGGCGCUGUAAUGUUAAAGGUUGUAAAUCUUAUUUACAUACUGAUACAAACAAUGUUCUCAUACGAGCCACUGGCUCUCAUAUAGAACAUUUGGCAAAUCCAGAAGCAACUGAAAUUCGUGUAAUUUCAAAUAAAAUAAAAGAGCGCGUAACAAAAGAAACAACAGCAAUUGCUCGAAUUUAUGAAGAUGAAGUAAGUAAUGCACAAUUAUCACAAGCAGCAACAUCAAUAAUGCCAACAUUUUCAGAAGCUGAAUCGGGUUUUCAUAAAUCUCGUCUCAAAACAACACCUGUACUACCAACAUCGAUUCAAUUUCAAAUACCGCCAGCAUAUUCAAGUACCAACGACAAUCGACGAUUCUUAUUAGUGGAUAAAACAAGAGGCAAUGAACGUAUAUUGAUAUUUGCAACAGACGAACAAUUACAAUUAUUAUUCAAUUCGACGCAGAUAUUCAUGGAUGGUACAUUUGAUUCGUGUCCACCAUUUUUUGAUCAGUUGUAUGUUAUUCAUGGUAUAGAAUUUGGUCGACAAUUUCCAUGUGUAUUUGCGUUAUUACCACGUCGCAAAAGGAAUACCUAUGUAAAGUUAUUUCGAUAUAUUACAGAUAAUGCAACUCGUUUGAAUACAGUAUUUAAUCCAACCAGAAUAAUGUCUGAUUUUGAAAGUGGUUUAAAAGCAGCAAUAGUUGCUGAGUUUCCAAAUGCACAACACAAUGGUUGUUUAUUUCAUUUUAAGCAAGCCGUUUAUCGUCGUAUUCAAAAUUUGGGUCUAUCAACAUCAUAUAAUUCGAAUGAUACAAUUCGUUCAUAUUGUCGUCGAAUAAUGGCAUUACCAUUUUUACCAAUUAAUGUUGUUGUUAAUACAUUUAAUGAAUUACAAGACGAAACACCAUUAGCUAUACGGAAGAACUUACAACCAUUAUAUGAUUAUUUUGAUAAUUAUUGGUUAAAUACAAUCGAUUUGGAAAAAUGGAAUGUGUAUGGACUUGAACAUCGAACAAAUAAUAUAUGUGAAGGUUGGCAUAAUCGAUUUAGUCAACGUGUACAAAAACAUCAUCCUCAUAUUUGGCAUUUUACAGAUGUGUUAAAAAACGAAGAAUUUAAAUUUAGACAUGAUAGAAUACAAUUAUUAGCUGGUGCACCAAUGAAAAAUCCUCGACAGAAGACAACAGCUGUUCAAAAAAGAAUAACAACAUUAACACAUCAUUAUGAAGCACAACAACUAAAUGAAAUGGAAUUUUUGCUAGCUAUAUCAUUCGCCCUGAGUAAACCAAAGAAUGGAUGA